AUGGACUUGAGCAAGAUACCAGUGGCCCCUCCGCCACCGGGAGUUACUCCCAACUUUGACAACCCGGAGGGGUCGAAGUUCAAGAUUUACUCCGUCAGUCUUGCAAUGUGUUCAUCCGCAACCCUUGUAUUACUUCUUCGAUUGUAUACGCGUUUCUACCUUCUAAGAACAUAUGGCUUAGAUGAUUUGUUCUGUGUGAUGGGGCAGAUCUGUGCAUGGAUUUUCGCCAUCCUGAGCGUAAUCAGUAAGUAUACUCAGCUGUGUCAAUAUUCAUUAGACACACAUCUAACAGACGAAGACAUCAAGAACGGAUACGGUGUACAUGUCUGGGACUUGCAUCUUGACAAAAUAACGCCAUUCAAGAAGUAUGAUCUCGCAGAAGAAGACGUCUACGCGCUCGGUGUCUGGUUCGUCAAAACGGCUAUAUUACUCUUCUACCUCCGACUCAAUCCCGAGAAACGUUUCCGCCAAAUGACCUUCGCAAUCAUGGGCUUCGUCGCUUUCUACAGUCUACUGAGCAUCCUUAUCUUUACACUCGGGUGCAACCCAGUUCAGGCUAUGUGGGACGUCACUAUUAAAGAUGCCAAAUGUGUCGACCAGUUUGCGUUCGUGUACGCCAAUGCGGCCUUCAACGUGUUCUCCGACCUUGUGACUCUGAUCCUCCCUAUUAAGAUUUGCUGGUCGCUGCAGACGUCGGUGAGACAAAGGAUGCUUCUUAUGGUUGUUUUUGGGACGGGCUCAUUUGACUUUACACACUUCAAGGUCACACUCGCGAACUGGUGUAUGAUCGAAAUCAACGUAGGCAUAAUAUGUGCCUGUCUACCAACGAUGCGACCGCUGCUAGCCCGCUGCUUCCCACGAAUCUUCAGCAGCAUCGACCGGAGCAAUAACAAAAAUUACAAAGGCUCAGACGGCAGCUAUUCCCUGAAGCAGCGCAAGAAGAUCCAUAACUGGGACCACCUCACAACCCUGCAAGGCACUCAACUCACGACACAAGAUCCGGAGAAUCUGAAGCAUUCGGAAAGUGUUCAAGAGUUGGUUAAGCCUGAUGGACACAAUGAUGCCCAGGGAAUCAUGACGAGUACGGAAUAUUCAGUGACCUAUAAUAGGGACCAUAGCCAUCUCACUUAG